UAUUACUUAAGCAACUUUUCACAGCUCAUAUCGCCAUCGAAAAGUCAUCUUAUAAUCUGAUCACCCACCUGAGAGGGGAAAAAAGUAAAAUGGCUCUCAGAAGUGCCUUCACACAUCUGCUCUCCAACAGCCGUAUGUCCGUGGCUGUCGCUGCAUCCAGAGCUCAGGGCACAGUGGUUGCAGCACAAAAAGAUGAUCAACAACAUUUACAUCCUUUAGGUGCUGAAGAAGCCAAAAAGCCGGCAAAGCCAGCCAAGGUGGCAUUCAACUGGCGGGAUGCUCUCGACCUGGAGGGUCAGCUGACGGAGGAAGAGAUCAUGAUCCGGGACUCGUUUCGGGACUACUGCCAGGAAAAACUCAUGCCGCGCGUCCUUAUGGCCAACAGACAUGAACAUUUUCACCGUGAGAUUGUCUCAGAGAUGGGAGAGUUGGGAGUCCUAGGCCCAACUAUUAAAGGGUACGGUUGUGCAGGUACGAGUUAUGUGGCAUAUGGUUUGAUUGCCAGAGAGGUUGAGAGGGUGGACAGUGGAUAUCGGUCUGUAAUGAGCGUUCAGUCUUCACUGGUCAUGCACCCGAUUAAUGCGUACGGCACAGCAGCCCAGAAGGAGAAGUACCUGCCCCGGCUUGCUCGGGGAGAAAUCGUAGGUUGCUUUGGUUUGACAGAACCAAAUCAUGGCAGUGAUCCCAGCAGUAUGGAGACUAAGGCCAAGUACAACCCAUCGAGUGGUACCUUCGCCAUCAGUGGAGCUAAGACCUGGAUCACAAACUCCCCUGUGGCAGACAUUGCAGUAGUCUGGGCGAAGUGUGAGGAUGGGAGAGUGCGGGGUUUCAUCUUGGAGCGUGGCAUGAAGGGAUUUUCUACCCCCAAGAUUGAGGGCAAAUUUUCUCUUAGGGCGUCUGCCACUGGCAUGAUCCUGAUGGAUGAAGUAGAAGUUCCUGAGGAGAACCUGCUGCCCGAUGUCUCUGGCCUUGGUGGUCCUUUUGGUUGUCUGAACAAUGCCCGGUAUGGUAUUGCCUGGGGAGCUCUGGGAGCAGCUGAAUUCUGCUUUCACGCUGCUCGACAGUACACUCUGGACAGAAUCCAAUUUGGUGUGCCACUGGCCAGGAACCAGCUGAUGCAGAAGAAAAUGGCUGACAUGCUAACAGAGAUCACCAUUGGGCUGCAGUCAUGCCUGUACCUGGGAAGGCUUAUUGAUGAGAAGAAGGCAGCACCAGAGAUGAUCUCCAUGCUGAAGAGAAAUAGCUGUGGCAAGGCACUGGAUAUUGCCAGACAGGCCAGAGACAUGCUGGGAGGAAACGGCAUCUCGGAUGAGUACCACAUCAUCCGUCACGUCAUGAACUUGGAGGCUGUCAAUACAUAUGAGGGAACCCAUGAUAUUCAUGCCUUGAUCCUGGGCAAAGCGAUUACUGGACUUCAGUCUUUCACUGUGGAAAACUAAAUGAUGUCCACUAUCUUCUUCAAACUGACUUGGAAGUGAUGAAAUUUGCAACUAAUUUACCUCAUAUUAAGAGCAAUUCCUGGUGGGAUACAUCACAAACACCUCAUCAUAUUCACAGUUAUAGCAUACUGGGGGAAGCAAUAUAUUACUGCCUUGUUUAAGUGAAUAUUAAAGGUCAACCUAACAUAGCUUACGGUCCAACUGAGAUAUGAUAUUUACGAUGACAAUGCAUUUGAAUAAAUGGCUUGAAAUAAACAGGAAGAUGUUUUA